CACUGCACCCCCUGCAACCUCAAUUGCACAACACAACAUACACCAUCACACAUCAUGUCACGUUCUGAACCUGUACCAUCUCUGGGGAAAGUCGUCGUUGUAGGUGGCUGCGGGUUUCUGGGCAGUCACAUUGUGAGUCUCAUCGUCAAGCGCCAUCCUGAGACGCAAGUCGAGGUUCUCGACCUGCGAACGACGUCCAACCGCAAUGCCAGCCCCAACGUAUCCUACCAUGACGGGGACAUCACAGAUGCCACCGCUAUGAAGAAUAUCUUCUCCCACAUCAGACCAGACGCGGUCAUCCACACUGCUUCCCCACACGUAUGGCUCAAGCCAGAGAUCCACGACCAGGUCAAUGUCCAAGGCACCAAGAACUUGCUGAAGGCGGCGCAAGAUGCUGGAGUCAAGGCAUUCGUGUACACGAGCUCUGCAAGCGUCAUUCUUCCGGCCACAGGCGACCUCAAUAACGCGGACGAGAGGUGGCCGCUAGUUACUGGCGCGGCGCAGCCAGAGUAUUAUACUACUACCAAGGCCUAUGCCGAAACAUACGUCCUCGAAGCAAAUCGCACACCAGAGACCUUCCUGACCUGCGCCAUCCGACCCGCAGGCAUCUUCGGCGAAGGCGAUGUCCAAUUGCUCCCCCGCAUAGUUGGUGCCUACCGCAAAGGCCAGACCAAGUUCCAGGUCGGUGAUAACACCAAUAUGUUCGACUUCACCUACGUAGGGAACGUCGCCCACGGACACCUCCUCGCUGUCAUCGCUUUGCUCCGGACCCACAAGAUGCUGCCUACCACGCCCCUCGACACCGAGCGCGUCGAUGGCGAGGCCUUCUUCAUCACGAAUGGCGAGCCCACAUACUUCUGGGACUUUGCGCGCGCGGUGUGGCACGAGGCUGGGGAUCGGUUGCCGCUGUCAAAGGUCUGGCAUCUACAUGAAGAGGUUGCGUGGACGAUUGGAACGAUCCUAGAAUGGGCCUUCUGGGUGGUUGGCAAGAAGCCAAACUUGACGAGGGACCAAGUUAGGUACAGCACGAUGAAAAAGUACCACAACAUCGACAAAGCGAGGCGGCGUUUGGGGUAUUCGCCGAUCGUGAGUUUGCACGAGGGCAUCAAGCGGGGUGUGAGUUACAUCUUGGAGCAGGAUGAGAAGGAGGCGCAGAAGAAGGGGCAGUAAUUGAAAUCGGGUUGUCGGGGCCUCGUGGCAUCUACAUAGCAUCUACGUAACACCUCUGUAUUGUAGAUAUUGUAAUCUCAUAUCUCACGUCAGCUUCUGAAGACUGGCGGGUGAU